AUGUCGAUGUCCAUGUGGCGGCUCUUCGCCAUCCUACCGCUGGUCGCCUGGGCCGACCAGUCGUGUUCCGAAAGUUCCUCGGAGGAACUCCGCGAAGACACGCAGUUCUUACAGCGAUCUCUGCAGUUGCAGCAGGAGACCAACAUCGCCACAGAUGCCUUGGCGCGCGCCAAGGGCACGGCGACGGUCUUGAAGACCAAACGGGAAGGAGAAGUCCAGACUUAUUUUUACUACGUGAAUUUCCAUGGAGUUGAUCCCAUCUUGGCAACGCUGCUGAACGUCAUGCACAGUUCCGGGCAAAACUGUGCCACCUGUGGUCUCCAUCUCUUCAGCUGUGAGGAGGAAGGAUUGAAUGAGACUGAAUGUCAGUCCCGCGAGCUGAUGCCCUGCUUGAAGAUGCCAUGGAGCUGCACCAAAGACAGCGGCUUAUUGGUCAUGGAGGCUGCCAUCCAAGGGAAGAACUUCACAGAUCGCGUGAAUUCUUCGGAUCUGAGCAGCCUGAAGAACCUAUGGCCAGAUCGGAUGCGUUAUGAGACGCUGAUGAGUUCAGCCAUGACAUUUCAGUGGUUGCCUUUGUUGUGGGGCCCUGGGAAGCGGGUGCUCAUCACCACCAUUCUGCGCGAUCCAGUGGAGAGGCUGAGGUCGGUGUUCUACAGCCUGAGCCCAGAUCACUCGCCCGAGAACUUCACGGAGAGGGGGUGCCGUGAGUCAACUUGGGACUUCCUGAUUGCCGAACGUGACACAGCCUAUGGCAACAUGACAGAGCCUCAAAUGGCCAGAAUCCAGGCCGAAGGCAUCCCCUGGCGUAAGGUGAUCCAGGGCUGUUGCGAAUAUGGCCAUUACCUAGGCAAUUGCGAUGUGGCAAAGGCCAAGCGGGUUUUGGUGAGCCACUUUGAUUUCGUCGGAAUCUAUGAGGAUUUGCCCGGCUCCCUCGCUUCCCUCGCCUGGCUCUACGGCAAGAGCCCCGAAGGGAUGGGAACUUUGGCCCGUGACACCCUGCUGGAGGUGCCACCCAAAAAACCCGAGAAGUGGAACAAGGCGGACCUUGAAUUGGCGAAGAACAUCACUGCCAAGGACAGGGACAUUUAUGACUUUGCCACGGAAUUGUUUAAGCGACAGUCCGUGAGCAUGUGGAACAAUGAGAAUGUGUGGAAAGACCAAAUCAAGAAGCUCGAGAAAGCUUGGAACACGAAAUGGGUGAAUGACCUGAACGACCACCUGGCGGAACUGGUGGACACCCUGGAUGACAUGGAUGGAUCCGUAGUGCGCAGCGACGUUGAUGAGAAGGACCCGGUGCUGAUGUCGAAACGCUUUCGUGAGAAGUUCGUGAAAUCGGAGCAGCUGAGAGGAAAUUCCUUCAAAUCCGGUAUGGUGCAAGAGAAAGCCUACAACCCAUGGGAUGACAUCAAGAAGCAAGAGAGACAUCAGCGAAAGAUGGAGCGGCAAGGAAUCAAGGAACCAACGAAGGAAGAGAAAAAGAAGGAGGCUGAGAGGAAAGAAUGGACCGCCAUCCAAGAAGCAAAGCAAGAGCGAGCUCGUCGACGUGAAGCGAGGAAGAACCAGCCUCCUCCACCACCCUUGCCGUUGCACCUACAACGGGUGAAAGAAGAGCAGCGGAAGAACAAGGAGAAGAGUCGUAUUGAUCAAAUCCGACGCAUCGCUGCAGAGGAGAAGAGACAUAAGAUGAACGGCUUCUGA